AACCGACGCCGACGUCUGCGGGCCAUCGGCAUGGCUGUUGGAACCCUGCUGGUCUUUGCUAUCUGUUUCGGACCCUACAACGUGUCCCACAUCGUGGGCUUCAUCCAGUGGAAGAGUCCAAAGUGGAGAGACAAGGCUCUGUUGUGCAGCACCUUCAACGCCUGUCUGGAUCCACUCAUCUUCUACUUCUCCUCCUCGGCCAUGAGGGGGAACGUGGCCGGCAUCAUAGCCCGGGUGAAGAGACGCCUCUGUGGCU